AUGGUCGCCCCAUCAAGUCAAUUCCAACGCCACAGGACACUAUGCGCGAACCCGGGAGUAUACCCCAAUACUCAGCUGCGCGAGCCGCGACCACAUGAGGUGCAUAUACUCAAAAAGCAUGCAAAGUACUUGGAAGAAAAUGACGAAAGGCUGUUCAACGAUGAUCCGGAGGAGCACUUGACUGACAUCUUUGAGAUUGAUGCCGAAAAAUCAAUAAACUUGAAAAUGAAUCAUUUCCGCACAUGCGAUACACAGCUUCAACAUAUGCAGCAUGAGGCAACCCAAUGGGACAUUAGGCAUGUAUUUUUCAAGGCGAAUGAUUCGAGAUCUCCUCUAAACUGUUCUUCGGACAUGCUCAAGUCGUGUUUCACAUUUCACCAAGUUGACGCUUCAUUUUUGGAAUCCCUGUAUACAUUUGGUGACCAGGAGAAGCCAUUGGACCUUUGCCUUGCUCACUUCAAAAGUUCUCAUACCAUUGACCUGGAUGAGGGUAGUCUGAUUGCUAUUCCCGAACUACGUCUGUCUGGACGCGAUCUACGAAUGUCCUAUCUAUUGAGAUCCAUGGAAUAUGAUACAAGUUCAAGUAACCAAAACAAGUGGAAGUGGAACUUGCGGCAAACCGCUGUAUACCACUCCUUUGACGUCGAGACUGGACAGUCAUUUUGGUGCAAUAUCAAAGCAAACGAUGAAUUCAAAAACAGAAUCAAGGACAGCACGUCACAUCUGAAUCUAGGCAUACCGGGACUGGAGCAGGAAUUUCGAGUGUAUCGUUUAUUUGCAGCAGCUCUGUCAACACACUUGAUCUAUUUAUUAUGGUGUGACGAAAACUGGAGGUGGUGCAUAAAUGAUAUGGAGGUCGCGAUCAACGAAAUUCUGCAAAAAGCACGGCUCGCCGAAAUCGACGAUACAAAAUCUACGGUACCCGAGCACCUCCUCAGAAGAGCCACCACGAUGAACUCAACGAUUUCAAGACAAACACGAGGAACCGCUCCACGAGCCUCAUCAGGACUCAUGCACCACUUAGUGCAAGCUCCGCACAGAUACGUGCUGGCACUGCGUGAGUCAUUGUUUGGGCCACAAAAGUCUAUAGACGACGUGGAAAUGGCGGCGCCUGUGGGCAAUUCUGUCGACCGAAAACCUCAGCCCGAUCGGAAACCUCAACCUAUGCAGCAUCCCUUGCUCACUCUGGAUCAAUUCCGUGUCAGCGAACUACAAGCGCUGCAGCUGUGGGGAGAAAGGAUCGAGCGAUGGGUGUUGGCGGUGCAACUGAACAUCACAGUUCUCCGUGAAAUAUCUGCAUACUAUAGCAGUCUAACCGGCUCAUUGCUUAAAGUGCACCCCAGUAUGGCGCAGAAAUACGAGCUAGAGAUCAGACAUUUCGGGCAAGAAGUUACAAACAUUGUAAGGGGGCUUGAGACAAGGAAGAUACAGUUGCAAUCUCUUGCAGCGCAGCUUUCCGAGGGGCAAAAAUUGUACGACGGUCUUUUACAGUACCGAAAUAUUCAAAUCGGGCAAACAUUUGCAGAAAGUGCUGAGACUUCGGCAAAGAAAAUGCAGACUAUUGCGUACAAGACGGCACAGGAGACGGCAUCGAUGCACAUCAUUACCAUUGUCACCUUGAUAUUCCUUCCAGGCACAUUUGUCGCAACCUUCUUCCAGAGCGGUGUAUUCUGGUGGAAGGAUGCACCUGAUGAUAUGGAGGGCGGGUGGAGCUAUCGCGGGGACGCAUUUGCUUUCUUCUCGUGUCUGUGCUUCCCACUCAUGAUUGCAACGCUUGGAGUGUGGCUUGGUGUCUGGUACAACAUGAGGAGGGAUCGGCGGAAAGAAGAGGAAAAUAAUCAUGCGGCUGGAUAA